AUGGACGACGACGACACGUUCACCUGUCGAAUACAGUACAUCAACGAUGCGGAUCCGUUUGCCACGACUUCCUCCUCAUAUUUGGAACCGAUGCGACCUGUCACAUUCAAAUUCAGACUUCACGAGUGCAUUAGUAAGUGCCGCCUUUCCUUAUCUUCAUUCGACCAUUCCUAUUCAGGUGAUCAACUGCAAGAUGUAAUCCGAACUCUGCGAGCUCCGCACAAAGCCGGAGACUCUUCUCUUCAAGUCUACAGAGGGCUGGAAGGCGGCGGCGGAGAGCUUCACACGUAUUUGGAUAACGAGAUGACGCUGGCCGAUCAGCAGGAAGAGCUCGACAUUCUGAAGGCAGACACGUAAGUGAAACGGAAGGGACGAGAAGCGAACGGCGGAUGAUAUGCGCGGUGAUAAGGGGAAAGUGAUAAUUAGGAGAAAGUUCGCAUAUCGGUGAUCGUUCCGACAGGAAGAGUGGAAAGAAACUCCAGAAUGGGGUCAGGUGUUUCUAGAAACAAUAUUGACAGUGCUGGAAGUGUCUGCGCAGGAUCUGAAAUCUAAAUCAGUUCUUUAUAAAGCAGAAAAAGAUAUUUGGUCACACCAUAGUAUAUCGCUGAAAAGACAUAUCAUGUUCUUCUUCUUCUACCGUCCUACUUCCGAUCUCCGAUGCUCUCUCUCUCUCUCUCUCUCUUUUUCUGAUCCCUGCUUUUCCAUCUCUCCACUUCGCUCCGAAUGUCUCUCUCUUCUUUGCCCUAUCUCCGCUUCUCGUCUGCAUAUCAAUUUGCGUGCGUCUCUCCGCUUCGCCCACUAUCUCCGCUUCACGAUCACCUGAAUUCUCAGCUGGACUUCGCAGGACAUACCAGAAUUCAACGGCCGUCAUAGCAGUCGGCCGUGUCCCUCCCGUACGCCACUUCUUCAAUUAUUUCAUUAUAAACAGAAUAAAGCGUCCUUCUCUUCGCGGCCGGGCCCCGCCCUCGGUCUCUCCUUCGUGUCCCUGAAGAAGGCCGGCCACUUUUCUUUGACGGUACAUUGUUUAUGUGCAACCGGGACUCUAUGUCUCGCCCUCGGCCACUCUCCACUCUUCCACUUGUUCCGAGAGCAACCUGUAUUUACUCAUUUGCAUGUUCAUUCAUUUGUUGGUACUCUAAUAAUAAUAUCGCGCCUCUCGUACAGAAUUUAUGACAUUUAGUCAUCCUCCCACACUCUCCUUCUCCUUCUUCUCCUUCUUCUUCCUUCUUUCCUUUCAUUCUUCUCUGUUUCCAGCCGUUCCGUUGAAUGCGGUCGCAUUGUAGUCCGGCGACCGCUUCCUACGCUCCUCCAGUCGUCAAAUCCCGUGGACUCAGAACAUAUGAUAUUGAUGUCGGGGGGCCUCCUCUGCCGUCUUCUGGAAGAGUUCCAGCCUUCCGAGCCACUCCGAUUGACCUAGAUGAGCCUGUGAGAGCUCCUCAAAAGAGCACUUCGGCCUUCGCGAAACCAUUCAAUGCGACUCCGUUCUCAUCUGAAGUAUUUGCGAAGCCGUACAUUCCGAGUUCGGUAAAACCGUCUCCUGAGAAAUCAGAUGCUUUUGCGAGGCCGUAUGGCUUUUCGAAUACAACGCCAUCUUUGUCUUCCGAAGCAUUUGCAAAACCUUACAUCCCGUCGUCAAGUUCUAACUCAUCUGCCUACUCAUCUUCAUCUCUAUCAAAGUUUCCGGAAAUUCGUUCAAAACCAUAUUCUUCUACGUCUUCGGAUUCUCGCUUCGCCGCCAAACCAUACAACUCCGACACAUAUUCUGCGAGAGUGUACUCCGCCCAACCACCAAUUCCAAAAGCCGAGUCGGCAGCAAGUUAUAAACCACCUGCGAAGGCGUAUAUCAGUCCGUUCCGAGAGUUGGAGACUCCGCUUACUUCGACCCUUUCUACACACGUUUCGGAUGAAUCACUGGCAAGGAAUGCGAGUAUGCUAUCGAGUCGCAACGAAUUGCCGCUGAUUGUGAAGCCUCUUCGGACGUUUGCGGUGCAGAGAAGGACGACUCUUGUGGAGCCGCCGACCUUGCCUCCUGCUCCGAUGGCUCUGGAUGCGUGCAACUCUCUUCCUCGCAACUUCCAUCGCCCUACUGUACUCCACUGUGCUGCGCCAGUAGUGAUUGGAGCAGAAGAAUCGAAUGCGAUCCCUUUCAUAGACGAUGAUCUUCCUCCUGCUCCCGCUCCCCCACUUCCACCUUCCUCAUUCUCUUCUUCUUCAUUCCGUCCAUCGACAUCUACGGCCGCGAGCCCGGCUUCUUCUCUCCAUCGCAGAGAAGACAGCGGCUACCGUUCGAUGGAGAACAUUCGGAAGAUGAGUGUUCCGGAGGCCCCUUUCCCAUCUACUCCGCCCGUCGCUCCGAUCGUAGCUACAGUAAGCCCGUUUACCUCGAAAGAAUCGACCUCGAAACGGACGGAAUCGGACGAUGAACGACAACAUCUGGAAGAAGAGCCGUUUGAUUGGGGAGACGAGUAUCUCAAUUCGAGGGUCAAGUGAGUGGCCAGGCGGCAGGGGAACCUGUUUGAGGGAAUGAUUUGAAUGCGAAAUAUCUGCCGCUAUCGGGAUCAUCUGCCAAAUUGCAUAAUAACAUUUUCGCUAACAUGAAAAAACAGGUUGUUUUUGCAGGAGACGAUGCAGUUUGGUGCUCAGAACGCAGACGUCAUUGCGAGUGAAAACCAUAAUCGGUAAUAGCUUAAUUUUUGUUAUUUGUUUAAUGACUUAAAAUUAUUUCAGACAAGCUUCUCAACUGUUCGGGCCGCGAUCAAAGACGCGCGCUGUUUUCGCUCAAGCAGAUCUUCCAGGUGGGUGACCGGCAGAUCAGAUAGCCAUCUCAAGGCGCUAAUGCCCUCAGUUCGUACUCAUUCAACCGUGCUUUUCCCUUUUCAGGACGACCAAGAUUUGGUGCACGAGUUCGUACAGAAUCAGGGACUUGACUGCAUGAUCAGACUGGGCAGAACGGCCGACCAAAAUCAUCAGAACUACAUUCUGCGGGCGCUCGGACAACUUAUGCUCUACGUAGAUGGAAUGAACGGAAUAAUUGCACACAACGGGACCAUUCAGUGGCUCUAUGAGCUUCUCGAUUCACCGGUUAGUUUGAGCUGACUCGGAAAUUCAAUGUGUCGCGUCUCUAAAUGUGCUGUCCUUUGUUCAGUUGUACAACGAGGAAGAACGGAAAGAAAUGUCCCCAUUCCGUCUUGAAUGGGUAUUCGUUUGUUGAAAGUGUGAUUGAAGGCAUGAAGAGUUAGAGUUAGACGCAUGAAAUUUUCAGAUUCGAAAGAUGUUUAUAACAAAAUGUAUGAAUGUCGCAUGAUGUGUCGUGCCUGCUCCUCUCUUCUCCCCACAACCCAUUUCAUUUCAGUUCCGUUUGGUCGUCAAGACCGCCCUGAAACUUCUUCUCGUUUUCAUCGAAUACAACGACAACAAUGCCCUACUGGUGCUCUCGGCCAUUCAAACUGUCGACAAGGGAAAAGGUCAAGCGGACUGGUCGGGGCUCAUGAAAGUGCUGACAGAGAAGGAUUCUCCCGAUGCCGAGACUCUCGUCUACGGAAUGACUGUGGUGAACAAGGCGUUGCACGGAAUUCCGGAUAGAGUAAGAAAAUGCGAGAGAAGCUUUCGAGUGAAUGCAUUUAUUUCAGGACACGUACUAUGACGCAGUAGACACUCUGGAUACGCUCGGCAUGGAAGAUGCCAUCAAGGGAAUGGGCAGAUCGAACAACAAAGAGCUCGAAGAACAGUGCCGGUUGUACGAAAGAGAGCUGAAAGAAGAAGACGAGCGGGGAGACAACGACGACGACGUUGUGAAGAUGAGGUGAGUGGGAAUGGCACGUACGGAGCAUGACUUCGAUUGGUUGCAAGCUCUUAAUCUUCCAUUUGAAGUGUUUUUUCUAACCCGUUGUUCAGAUCCACUGACUCUUUCAAAGACACGUCGCGUCGCUCGAGUCAGGGCUCGCACGACUCGGCGAUCACGAUGGGCAGCGAGGAGGACGGCUCGCGGAGCCCCGACAGCUACAAACAGACGCCAUCGACGCCUUCGCCGGCUCCUCCCGUCCACGUGGCAACUCCCUCUCCGUCGACUGUCGUCACUCAGAGCGCGUGCAACACGCUUGAGAGAAGAUCACGGGCGAUCGAACACGAGAUGCCGGAAGACAUUGAAACGGCACUGGAAAAGUUGAACAAAGCACUCCAGAAUCGGAGAGAAGCGGAGAAACAGAAGGCGGAAGAAGCGAGACGGAAAGAGGCGGAACAGUUGGAAGAGAUAGAAAUGAUGAGAAGGCAGGCAGAAGAACGGAGGCGUCGGGAAAGAGAGGAAGACGAAAAACGGCAGAGGGAGGAGGAGGAGGUGGAGGAGCAGAGAAGAAGAGAAGAGAAGGAAGUCAGGUUGGUCCAACUUUUGGCAUGGUUGAUUACUGUAGCAUGGUGGUGGUGUGAGUAUGUAGAGCUCAGAGGUCUCUUGGGCCAAAUACAAAGCUCGUACAGAUUUGCAAAGAAUGACAUCAUGGCGACGACGUCUUCGGCAGAUGACAAGAAAGCGACGAUGAGAAGGCGUCACGAGGAUGCGAGAAGGAGACAGUUGGAGCACGAACAGUUUGCCGCCAACAGGACCAUGUUCAACAAAACGUUAGUAGACAAGAACUGUUUAAAUUUACAAAUGAUUCAAGUUUUCUAUUUUCCAGUGAUGCACCAGUUGCUCAAACACUUCCCUCACCAACCACUUCUUCGUGGCAACCACCAGUCACGGAAACUUACCACGAUGUGGAACCGGUUGGUUUUUAUCUUGCGAUUCCCAUGAUCAUAAUUUCCUUUUUUCAGACAACUUCGUCCGCAAAUGACUUUGGUACACUCCGAUCGAAGAAGAUUCCCGAACCGAUUCAAAUUGUGCAGGAGAAUCAAGAGAACGAGAUACCAAAAGAGGCGGAUGACAGCGAUAAACCAGUAUGCGAAAGAGUAAUUACUCUCGGUAAAUAAAUCAUUCGAAAGUUUCAGGUGAAAGCUCCGCCUCCAUCGUUCCCGACGUUAUUCUCGCCCACCGAAGCAAAGACAAUGGACUUCUCAGAGGUGGAAGCCAAGGAGCCAGUGGUUGAAGAGAGGGCACCGCCUCCGAGAGCAAAGGUAACUUCACUUGAAUAGUUCCGAUUUGAAAAAAGUAUCGUUACAGAUUGAGCCAGACGUCGGAAGUGGUAACAGUUUUGCAGACAUGCUUGCCAAGAGAGCAGCCAGAUCGGCAGAAGCCAACAGAGGAGGAUUCGAAAAGAAAGAGUCUGAGGCGGAAGUUCAGUGGAAAAAAGCGGCGGAGAACCUCGAAAAUCGGCCUCUCAUCAUCAACGACCUCGAUUUUUCGCAGUUCCACGGGGAUGAGUACCAACAAGACCCACUGCAACUCGCGAGAAUGGCCAAAAUUAAGGCGGAAGCUGAGAAUGGCCCAAGAGGAUCCGUGUUCGGAGGUGGGCCGCCUCCGCCACCGCCUGUCAUUCCACUGCCACCUAGACGUAAGCCCCGUCGUUCAUAUUCCCCUCUUCAACUCAUUUUUGUUCAGUGCAAGGAUUGCAAGGAGGUCCUCCGCCCCCUCCGCCGCCACUCGGCGUCGUUCCCCCACCACCUCCACCCGGAAACAUGCUUCUGAACGGUGGAACUCUAAACAGAGGGGACAUCAGUCCGGCAGCCAACAAGGGAGUUUUGAAAAUGCAUUGGAAGCCAGCAACGGUUGAGCAGCCGUCGAUUCCAUCUUUAAAACAGAAAGGAAGCUUCUGGAAUACUGUAGAUGGGGCCGUUCCGUCGUUCGACGCCAAGAAGAUUGUGCAGUUGUUCGAGACGAAAAAAGAAAAGGAAGCGGCUGUCAAGGUGGGUUUCAAAGCUUUCCUCGUGCUGUUCAAUAUCUCUUGUUCAGAAGGUGGCAGAAGUGAAGACACAGACGCUGACAGUUCUCGACAGAAACAGAUCUCAAGCGAUUUGCAUCGGACUGACCAAAUUGCCUCCGAUCAACGUUAUUCCCGCCGCAAUUAUGGUUGGUCGCUCGGCAUGUUUCACUGUACAAUUUCGCUUCUUUUUUUUCAGAAGUUUGAUUCUCUCGUUCUCAACAAGGACGGAAUCGAGAAGAUUCUGAAAACAAUGAUGCCGUCUUCGGCUGAAAUAGAGAAGAUUGAGAAUGCGGUGGCCGAGAAUCCGGACAUGACUCUCGGUAACGCAGAGCAAUUGCUGCUGAAACUGGCACAGAUUCCGUGUCUUCUGGAGAGACUGAAACUGUGGCUGUUCACUCUGGACUACAAGAAUUCGGAGAAGGACAUUGCGGAGCCAUUGAUGGACAUGCAGUUGGCGAUGAAGGAGAUGGAAGAGUCGCGGACGUUCAAAGUGGCGAUGGGAAUGCUUUUGGCCAUUGGAAACUCGCUUUCGGGCACUGACAUCAAAGGAUUCUAUCUCGAUUACUUGACGAAAGCCUCGGAAGUAAAAGAUCCAGUGUACAAGCACACGCUGACCUAUCACUUGGCCGAGUACAUGGUCGAGCACUACUCGGAGGGCACAGAUCUGUACAGCGAGUUCGGAGCAGUUGCCAGAAGUGCUAGAGUGGACUACAAGGAAUUGUUCGACAACCUGAUCCGUCUGGAGAAAGACUGCAAAAGUUCGUGGGAGUAUCUGGCCACUAUCAGCAAAAACGACAACUCGAAUAUGAAGCAGAAGAUCAAUGAUUAUCUGUCUGACGUGGCACAACGUAUCCAUCAGUUGAAGGCGAUUCACACAGUCUCCAAGAAUCGCUGGCACGCUUUCCUGCUCUACUUUGGAUAUUCAGUGGAGGAAAUUCCGAAUCAGACUCCGAAUGAAGUAUUCAAGAUGGUGACGGAGUUCGCGUUGGAGUACCGUACCACCCGAGACAAGAUCCUUCAGCAGAAGAAGAGAUUGGCGGAGAAGAGAGAACGCAACAAGACACGUGGAAAGAUCUGGGCACUCGAAUCAUCGGCGGAUGGAGCAGGAGACGCGGCUCCGUUGAGAAGAAGAAACCACGCGCCAGUGCAGAAUUCGCAGCAAAGACACGAUGAAAUGUCGAAAAUGUUGGCCGCGAUGGCCGAUGACAGUACUCUGCGAAGGAGAGCGGCUCCGUCAGCGAACGGAACCAACGGAACCAACGGCAAGAGCUUCGCGGCCAAUGUAAAAGGUUAGAAAAGCAGGCGAGAAUAAGUUGAAAUUAAAAGAACUGUUUGCAGAAAUGGUGGACACAGAGUCCCCAGAAGACGAGAUUCUGAAUGGACUCGUCAAGGCUGCCACGCUCCAGACGGAUCCCAGAGACCAGCGCCGUCGAGCGAGACAGUUCAACAGAAAAUCCCGUGAGUUUACCGCGUUCGGUAUUCCCAACACAUUCUGGUUUCAGUCCGCCGAACUCGCACUCUCAAAAUGGUGGAUGGCCAACUCGAAACGUGCAAUUACUGA